AUACAUGCCUACGUAUCGUGUGCUGAUGGUUAACCUGUUCGUGGUUGUGUUAACACUCAACAUGAAAAAGUGAGAUUUAUUUCCUUCAGAGAAGAAGUCCUGUCGGGUGUAGUGUGACGUGUAGUGUGACGUAAUGUCGGCCUAUAACUGUUCAGAUCCGAACGGGAUCAGCAAUGGCUAUUUUGUGAUCGCCAAACCUUACUACGUGGAUGGCGAUCGUAUCUACUACUAUUGCGGAUGGACCUAUUUUUUACAAGGCAACCCCAUCCGGGAGUGUGAUGGAGACACCGGGAACUGGACGGGAAGUGCGCCUAUCUGUUCCACCACCACAACCACCGCUAGCACAACUACCACAACGACUGAGAGUCCUCUCAAUGAAUGGUUGUACAUGUCUAUUGGAUUAUCCGGGUUCCUGGCUCUGAUCUUUGUGUGUAUCGUGGGUUUGGUCAUCCUGAAAUAUUGCCAGAUUCUUUGCCGUCAAUUUACACGUGCGAAAUAUGAAGAAGAGGAAGUGGAGACCGGAUGCUGUUAUACGUGUUGUAUUCACUGUUGUACAUCCGGGUGUCGCCGGUGUUAUCAUACAAAUAAUAUCACUCCGCCACCAACUCAGGUUCCCAAACCCGCCGUGAGGUCGUUGAGCAUACAGACAGGAAAUCAGAAGGAGUUGCGAUUAGAGGAGGUUGUGACGACAAAGAAAGUGGCUAAAGAGCUGAAGGAUUACUGGCGACCCCAUAAAAAUGAGAUACGACGGAAUAACCAGAGUACGAACUAACCCUAUAAAUACGACAUACGAAAGAAUAACAAGAGUACGAACUAACCCCGUGAUGACAUAAUAUACGCGUGGUGCAUUAAUCAUGGUUGACAGAUUUCCCACCGUUUCGGUAACUUCCUGAAUAUGUGUGCAUUGUAUAAACAAACAUAAUUUCUCGUCCCAUCAUCUCAUCCAACAUAUUUUGUUGACCAAUUAUAGUCUCGUUCAACCAGACACUCAGCUUUCUCCGUAAAUCCCCGACGAGCAGAGAGUCUUGUAAAGACACGCGAUGAAGUUUGUAACGUCAGAACGAGGCUUACCAAAAUAUCGGUAUUUAAUUUGAUUGGUUGAUUCAACACUCCUCCAAAAUAACGACUACCGAAGAAAUUUGUAAUAGAUUAAAUUUGCCGUUUAAGUUUAAGGAUUUACAACUAGAGAGUUUAUAAAAACUUUUGUAAAAGGAAAUGAUUUAUUUGCUGUUCUACCCACGGGAAAUAAUAAAAAAAAAGUUUUAGCAAAAUUACUUAAGGAGGCAAAAGUGAAAGCAAACUUUACAGCUGACAAAGACAGUAUUUUUUCUAUGUACAUGUAAUAGAAAUGAUUUUCCCAUUAGUAUCACUAAUGAAGGAUUAACUAAUUAGCAUCAAAUCUCGGAAUUGACUGUUAAAAUGCCAGGGAAUCAAACCGAAACUAAAUUAGCGCUCCCUAGCGGUAACAGUUAUCAUCGCGUGUCUUUACCAGACUCUCUGCUCGUCGGAGAUUUGCGGAGGCAACCGAGUGUCUGAUUGAACAAUACUAUAAUUGGUGCCAUUAAUUUAUUACUAUGUAACCCUAUCAAUAUACAUGUACUAUGUAUCCGUGUCAAGAUUAAUGUAUUACUAUGAAUCCCUAUCAAUAUACAUGUACUAUGUAUCCGUGUCAACAUUAAUGUAUUACUAUGUAUCCGUGUCAACAUUAAUGUAUUACUAUGUAUCCGUGUCAACAUUAAUGUAUUACUAUGAAUCCCUAUCAACAUACAUGUACUAUGUAUCCGUGUCAACAUUAAUGUAUUACUGUGUAUCCGUGUCAACAUUAAUGUAUUACUGUGUAUCCGUGUCAACAUCAAUGUAUUACUAUGUAUCCGUGUCAACAUUAAUGUAUUACUAUGUAUCCGUGUCAACAUUAAUGUAUUACUAUGUAUCCGUGUCAACAUUAAUGUAUUACUAUGAAUCCCUAUCAACAUACAUGUACUAUGUAUCCGUGUCAAGAUUGUAGAUGUUUUUGUUUACCAAUGAAAUCGAAAUAUUUUACAUGAUUAUAUAUCUCCUUUUAACAAAAGGAUUAGCAUCUGGACCCAGUUGCACGAAGGUUAGUUACAUUUAACUGAUAGCUAACUUGCCAUUAACUUGAGAAUCUAUAUGGCGUUAACUUGAAGUUAUAUUUCAGCGAAAAUUUACCAACUUUUGUGCAACUGGACCCAGGUCAUUGGUGUGAUGUUAUUGAAUUAUCCUCUUUAAUGAUUAUAAUUAUUCAUUGAAUAUCAGGAAAUAUGUCCGCCCGUGGUCAUUGAUCGGUAAAGCGGACCAAUCUUGUGCAGUACACUUCCACGAAGAGGCUGACAGUGUUUACUCCGAUUAUUAUUUGUAAACAGAUGUGACGGCAUAAUUGAUUUUCCGCCUUUAUUACUUGUACACAGAUGUGACGUCAUAAUUGAGUUAAAGUAUUCUGAUAUUUCAUUUGUCAUAAGUACUAUAGACAGUGUCUGGUUUUCAAUGGACAAUCACUUAAUGUUAUUCAUAUUCUUAUUCUAUUUCUUGAUAUCUUGAUAUCUCCCCAGUGUGCUUUCGAUUAUUGUAUUUUCAAAUCUAUACACUCAUGUGACACCAUGGUGACAGAUUUCAUUGAUUGCCUUAUUUAUUUAUUUAUUUAUUUAUAUUGCAUUAAAAUAUGAUUAACUUGU